AUGGCAUGGAUUUACAAAGCUCGUGUCCGCGAAGUCAGCAUCUCAGAAUGGGAGCCCACCCCAAACCCUUUCAUCACGUUCUUAGCCGCUCCACCCGCGCAUAUCGACCGCACGUUUCCCAAGCUCAGACGCAUCCUGAUCCAAGAGUCCAAGGGACAACUGCGUAUCCCUGACUACCAUUUCUUGCUAGGCCCGUUCGUCGAAUGCGUGGACCUCAGACUCGGGGAAAACCCGUCCGUAAAUGACGCUCUGACGGAGUCAAUCAUCCGCUCGGUUCCCGAAGUUUGCUCCAAGCUCAUGGAUUUCAGUGUCACGUGGUACUCUCAUACGCCCCCUCCGUGGUCGCCCCAGGCUAUUUCAGAAACCGUUGUUCGCAUAGAUCAUUUCAAAACACUCCAGUGCCCAGCUCCAAGCUCUCACGUAAUUAUGCAUAUCAAUCAGCUUCCCUCACUCGGAGUCCUCGUCCUGAAUCCGCUGCCCCUAUAUGAUGCUGCUGCCUCCAAGACAGGUGAAAUCUCCAUCUACGACUUUGCUAGUCUGUAUUCGCUACAGAUGACAACAGACGGCUUCGACGCAAUCACAGCGUUUGUGCGGAGGCUAAAGAACCUUCCAGAUACCGUUACCAUCUACCUUGGGACCUCGCCACAGCCUUCAGCUUUGGAGAAUUUCUUCGGCUACCUCGGCAAUUUCCACAAUCGAGAUUUUGACAGCCUCACCCUUCGCAAGGAGUCAUCGCAAGUUGAGGUUAUCAGCGAUAUGGAUGAUCCCGGCCCCCCUAUUACGCUGCAAACUCUCCGCCCUCUCCUACAGUGCGACGGGCUUUACACACUCGACAUCACAGUGACGAGCCCCAUUUCUCUCACAGACACAGAUAUCAGAAACAUGUCUCUCGCUUGGCCUAAUCUUCGAAUAUUUGCACUGAACGAGAGUAACGGAUGCACUAGAAAAAUAUUCCAAUACAAUUUGCCAAUUUAG